GAUUUCUGCCCUAAUUUUCUGCAUAGUUCCCGACUAAGACAUCAGUCAGUUUCUGCUUCUGGCGGGAACGCGCUCUCUUCUCCCGGCCUGGGGCUCGUGUCCGCGCCCCGACAGCUGCACGUGACACACGGUCAACCAAUGGGAAAUUGCUCCUUACCUGUCCCGCCCACCCAACCGGCCUCAAUUGAAUCUCCGGCUCCUGGGAGCCAAUGACGCGUGUGAGGUACGCCCCCCCGGGGCAGCGUUGUGACGUCACUCGCCACCCCCAGGGGUGGCCGAACAGCAACAAAACUGCACUCGGAGUCUCUGCAGUUUGGAAGCUAUUGGUUGCAGCAAAAAGAAAUCCCACCUAACCCACUUUAGUUGCAUGUCAGUUUUACAAGAGAGGGAGGGAAAAAAUUGUGCAAUUAAAGGGAGCUUGAAACCUUUUUAUUUUCGGUUGCAAUUUAGGUGGGGGAAGAAAAGCCUGCUGGAUUUUCGUUUUUCUUGGCAAAACAGAGAUUAAACUGGCGGGUUUAUAAUUAAUCCCCCACGCAUCUUGCCCGAUGAUGCUUCCAAGCCCGGUCACGUCGACGCCAUUCUCGGUCAAAGAUAUUCUGAAUCUGGAGCAGCAAACGCGCCAGCAAGUGACCCAUCACUUACAACAGGAUUUAUCGUCUCAGUUCCAGCCGCCUCCGCCGCCUUCGUGCAUGCACGCCGCCGGGGAAGCCUCCAGUUUUUCGGACGGGGAGGAGAAAAUUCCCUUUUUGAACUCUCUGUCAGUACAAGACAGUCAGGGGGAUCCGAGCCUUUCCCCCGAUCUUUACGUUCACGCAGGACUGAGGAGCCCGUGUGAAACCAAAUUGGAUGAGGAGAUCCUACGAGACGAGGGCACGAAAAACUACUCCCUAAAGAAGUGCCCAGAGAGCGAGGACAAUAAGACAGAGGAUGGUGAACGGCCGAAACAGAAGCAGAGAAGGAAACCCCGUGUGCUUUUUUCACAGGCCCAGGUAUUUGAACUGGAGAGAAGGUUUAAGCAGCAGAGAUACCUGUCUGCCCCCGAGAGGGAGCACCUGGCCAGCACUCUCAAACUGACCUCCACUCAGGUCAAGAUCUGGUUCCAGAACAGGCGCUACAAGUGCAAACGGCAACGCCAAGACAAAUCCUUGGAGAUCGCGGGCCACCAUCACCCACCCCCGCCCAGACGAGUGGCAGUGCCCGUGCUGGUCCGGGACGGCAAACCGUGCAUAGCAGGAUCCCAGAGUUACAGCAGCCCUUACAGCGUCGGCGCCAACGCUUACGCCUACAACGGCUACCCCAGCUCGUACGGCAGCUACGGCGGCGCCCCGGCCUACAACGCUAACUAUAGCUGCACCUACACCAGCAUCCCGUCGCUGCCGCCUUCCACGGCGUCCAACGCUUUCAUGAGCGUGGACCUCAGUAACGUGAACGGCACUGUACAGACGCAGUCUCACCAAGGAUCCUCUGUGCCCGCAUGCCAAGGGACUCUGCAGGGCAUCCGAGCCUGGUAAGGUGCCAUGUGAGACCAGAACUGUUGGCUGUCUUCACUGGCUUUGAACUUUUUUUUUACCGUAGGUCAAUUGAGAAAUCAAAGAAAGGUUAUUUUGAAGGAACAAAAAGAUCACUGUUAUGGUUCCCUUUCAAGAAUCCCGCUUGGACAAUCCCAAUUCAUUUCAGAUUCCUUUGGAUGCUCUCUGCCAAAUAUUACACUUUGUUUUAUAUAUUCUCUCCUAACCCUUGUGAUUUCACCCUCUCUCGUUCGAUUGUACCUUCAUGUCCGACAGGGAAUGGAGCACAGAUCACCCUCCGGACUCUACUGUUCAGAAUUGCGAGGUUCGGCAGUAAAAAGUAAAUACCCCAAAAGGGGUGUUAGGAAAUGCAGCAGAGAGAGAGAAGGGAGAAAGGAGACACCGUCACAUCUCGUCUGUAGGUUUGGGAGUUUUUUUUAACAAAAUACGAAAACAGUGUUUGACAUGCUUCAGGAAUCCUCAUAAUUCUAAAAGAGAGAGAUGGUUGGAGAAAAGACUACAAAUAAUAUAACACAAACUCCGAAAAGCACCAGAGAUACCAGCGGGUCAGGCAGCGCCUGGUAAAAUUCAUUUUCUCUCUCUCUCUUUCUUUCCCUCUCUCCCACCAGGCCUGUUGCUUAACUUACUCUGUAUUCUAUAGCCGAUUUACAGCAUCCGCAGUAUUUUGCAUUUUCGGUCUGCUACAACCGUUCUGUUGAUUCAUUCUGGGAGACGGGGCUCAUGUUUAUAAGGCCAGCAAUUUCUGCCCCUCCCGAGCUCCUCUCAGAAGGCGGUGGCCCCGUCUUUAUGAACUGCAGCAGUUUGAUUGAAAUAGACCACCUCAGUCGGCAGCUAAGAGAUGCUGCUAUGGCAGUUGAGUCAACUUGUAGGCAGGUAAAAUACAACAGAAAAUAGUCUGUGUUUUUUAAAAAUGAAUCUUCAUGGGUCACGUUUGCUGAAACCAGUCUCUUUUUUAAAGAAAAGCCUAUUAUUUCUACAUGUUGUACACUAGGUUUAAGUUUUCAAACUGCAGUGGGUUGGGGUGGCGGUAUUAUUGACGUAACUGCCAAACUACCCUUCCCCAAUAUUAGUAUUAGUUCGAACCGACCCUUUCACAGCGGAAUUCCGUUUUUGAAGUCACACUUGGAGAAUCAGGGAUUUGUCUCAAACAUCUUCCUUCUGAAGUCUGCGCAUAAUUUAAAUAUUUAGCAGCAUUGCUAAAGCAAAGGAUCCACUAGCUGUGAGUUAGAACUCCUUCUUAGGUGGGUCAGAAAAUAAAUAAACAUAAACAGAACUUUGGCCAAAAAAUGUCUCAUGUACAUACCGAGCAAUUCUCAGAAAAACUUUCACUCUAAUUUGUACCAUAGUUGCGAGUGUUAACAUUUCAGUGGCGUGUAUAAAGUUAUGUAUAUAGCAAAGCUUAUUGUUCGUGAAGGAUUCCCCCUACCCCGUCCCCAGCUUGUAUAAUACUCUGCUAUUCAAAAAAAGAAACGCUGGAAUACACUAAGUGGAGUUAACAAAAAAAAGUGAAUAAAUAUUGAGGUGCAAUAUGUUCA